UGGCAACUUGCAGAGAUAAACAGAGCUGCAUUUAGAUUAGCAAAUUUCAUCAGUUCGUAAUCAAAUGAUAAUUCUGGCGAUGAGAUUGCAAAUUCAAAUCUAAAUUAAUAAUGUUCCAUUAAUAAUGUACAUUCAUGUAUAUUAAGUGUAAUUAUUCAGCGCUUCUAUGCAUGCGUGCAUCAUGUAACGUACAAUUUAUAUAUCUGAUCUUUUGUUUAUUUUAAAAAAAUCUUGAAUAUACUAUGAUAUGCGAAUAAUUUGAUAAAAUAUUGAAAUAUCGAAUUAUUUAUUAAACUACUAACAACAAGAUUUAUUGUCACGUAAAUAGUUACGAUUUGAAAUUUUGGGUUAACCUCAAUAUGAAUUGUUGAAAAGUGGAAUGUGAGGAACGAAAAGAUUCGCUCUGUGAAAAAGAACGUAAUUAUUGCAUAUAAUAAGCGGGAAAUGUGAGAAAAUGUAUCCCGCGAAUCACAAGACUAUAUUUGUGUUGGACCACACUCCAUACUUUGGCAUCUCCACCGAGUGUCCAUUAGAGUUUGAUUUUCUCAAGAGUAGAGGACAGAAUUUGAUUCCACUAGCACCAGUCUGCAAGUCCCUGUGGACCACUAGCGUGGAGGCUUCGUUGGAAUAUUGUCGUAUUGUGUGGGACCUCUUUCCCACAGGCAAAUUGAUUAGAUUUGUCAUUACUGAUCGUGCUGCUUAUGUAUUGAACUCAUGGAGUCCAUCACAACAGAACUUGAAUCAUAUAAUGAAUGGCACUGCAAUUUUAGGAGUUCCAAUAAAGACACCGGAUCCUGGGGAAGACUAUUCAGUGAUACAUGGUUUGCGUGUGGCAAUUGAAACUCUGAAUGAGUGCUCUGAUAUACAGCAUGAGAAAAGGACUUCUCUGAAUGAGAACACUAGUAAGCUGAUAAACAGGGGUAGAGUAAUAUGUAUCACUAGCGCACGUGAUAACAGCAAUAUGAAGAGCUUAGAGAAUAUAUUUCUAAAUGAGCUAGCACAGGAAAACAAGACUGCGCUAGCUUCGGAUCACUUGAUACCCAUUGAUUAUUGUCACUUGGUUAUAUUGAACAUAUAUCCUAAUAACAUUGAAUCUCAAGUCACUAGUCAGGGCCCUCGAGAGAUAUCGCCCUUACUGACGGUAGAAGUGCAUUCAAUUAAAGCCUCAGCACUUCACUCCAAAUUAUCGCAUUUGAUUCUGUCUCAUUACGAUCUAGCCAGUACCACAGUGACAGGUAUACCUAUGAAAGAGGAGCAAAACGCCAGUUCUUCAGCUAAUUACGAUGUCGAGAUAUUUCACUCUUCUGCCGCGCAUACUGCAAUUUUGAAAGCAAAUCCGCAAGAUUCAGCGUUGAUAAAAACAUUCAGACGUUUUGAAGAAGGAUCAGAAUAUGAAACGGUGACUUUAAAAUGGUGUACACCACGUGGCUGCAGUGCAUCAGAGAUGCAAUAUUGCACGGCGAUGCAUCGCAUUACGCCGGUUGAUGUCAACAGUAGACCAUCUUCAUGCUUGAUCAAUUUCUUAUUAAACGGACGAUCAGUGAUGUUGGAGAUGGCCAGGAAGACUGGUGGAAAGACUAUCUCUCAUCUGUUGGCAGCACAUGGAGGGGAAAUUUUCAUUCAUACUCUAUCCACUGCUCGAAGUGUACUCGAGGAUCCACCAUCAAUUAGCGAAGGCUGCGGUGGACGAGUUACAGAUUACAGAAUAACCGAUUUCGGUUUCCUUAUGCGAAAUAACAUAUUAGCACCACUUAAACGUAUUCCCAGUUCUAAUGAUGAUGGUCUAGUAGAAAAAAUGAGAUCAAGAUUGGAACGUCAUACUAAGUAUUGGCCCAUGACUAUUUCUAGUACUCUCAUGUUUAACUUAAAACAGGUGAUAGAUCCUCUCUCGGAAUUAAUAGUGAAGGAGGAACUAAGUACGGACGAAGUGUUACAGUGCAAACAAAUAAUCUUUAGUGUACUCGGAUUGGAAGCGAAACACGAGGCGUUGCCGCUGCCAAAUAUCGGCGGAGGUCGUGGCGGAAAAGGAGGAGUACGUAGGGAAGAACAUUAUCGUUUGCUAUGGGACGAGAUGGAAACGUUUCUCAAACACCACGCGAACAACUCGGCUGCGCAUACCGAGGUAUUAAACUGUCUAUUAGAGAUCAGGAAUAAAGAUGACAAGGAUAAGGUGGAGCUUGAUCAGGCUCUACGCGAAUUAGACAGCUUUGGUAAGGAAGACGGAACUGCUCGAGUUAGCGUAAUCAGAGCAACGACAGACUCGCCGAUGUCGCCGCCUGCGAGCGUGUCGAUACCUCUGAACAAGCAAUUACACAAAGCCAAUGCUGGCUCGAAGAGUCUCUUGGAUAUUUGGCUGCAGCGUAGCGCUCCAAAGGACAGAAAACCGGACUUUCAUGGUAGAAUCAAUAGCGAUGGUCCUAAAGCGAAGCUGUAUCCAAAUUUGAAGGACACGGGAAGAGAACCUAGAGAAACCAUCUUAGAAGGAUAGUGUGUGAACAAGGAUUUUUAGAAAAGGCGGAGUGCAUCCUGCAAAGACGUAAAUAUGACUGAAUACAUAUUGGUUUAUCGGACGGUAUUUGUGAUUAUAUAAAAUAAGUUUGAUAAGAAUUUAGAAUUUAGAAGAAAGAUUAUUACGAUUGCAUUUGAAUAAAAGCAAUUAUAUAUUUCUUAUAUUAAAAACAAGUGUACAUAUGUGUUUUUAAUAUUUUAUUAUUUUAUGAUAUCUAAAAAGGAGAAUCAUGAAAUACAGAUAUAUUUUUAAAUUUAUAAUUUUAUGGAUUUAUAAGAAAUAUUUUGUAGUUUUCUUAGAUAUAGUAAUUGUGGUGAGAGAUAUAAAUAUUUCAUGUAAGUGAAAUGAUGAUCUAUUUCAAAAAUGACAUUUUCGUAAAUUGAGCAAUUGAUCUUAGAAUUCGUAACUUUCACAAAAAUAAAGAGAAUACAAGAAAAAAACUACUAGAAUCUACAGAGAAUAUAGAACAUAAUGUAAGAAGAACCUGAAAAGUUAAAAUCAAGAACUAUUUGGAACACAACAAAUUUAAAAAAUUAAUCUAGAAUUUAUCAAGAAUUGACAGAUUUAAGAAUGUAUAACAAGAAUUAAGAAAAAAAAAAUUUUUAUUUAUUAGAAACUAGAAUUCCAGACGCAUAUACUCAGAUUAUACAAAAGACUAUUGAUGCGGUGUCUUAUAAAUAUGUGAUACUUUUUAAUACAGUGUUUUUAUAAGUUAAGAAAAAUUGAAGAAUUCAGCCGGGAUGCGAGAAGUAUAACGCCGAGACAAAACUAGAGUACGAGGGUACGAUUAUCCGAGAUUACUAUCGGGCAGCAUGCGAAGAUCCAUCUGUCUACAAGAGUAUGCGGAACGAAAGUGUAUCAGUGGUACAACACCAUUCCAGCUCCCACCUUUUCCUACCGGCGACCGCAUCCCUCUCUCUCUCUCUCUCCACCCCUCUGGCUGUUUUAUAGUCGACACGUCUGCCGAGUGUCUGAGCCGUCUAAGCGAUACAUCGACCUCUGUCGAAUCUAUAGUUCACUUCGGCGUGCGGCCCCCGCCGUGCUAAUCGAUGAAUGUGGGAGGACAUCACAAAACGAGAGGAGGGGCUCGACCGCGUGUAUUGCGAUGUAACGCAGUGUGCACGAUCUCUUUCUCUUUCUAUCUCAAUUUGGGAGGGAGAGGGAGACAAUGCGAGAGAAAGGGAGAUACAUAGAGAUUAAAGAAAGCCCGUAGUACUGGGUGACCAUCAGGAAGUUGUUGAAACUAAACUGACGAAUUGUAGAGGUGUAUGAUCCUAGUUGAUGCAACUCUUGUCAGGAUGGGAGAGAGAUAUAACGAUUUAUCCGAAGAUUUGCAAGUUCACAAAAUGAUAGAAGCAUCUAAAUUCAAGAUUGAAGAACUUGAAGCAAAAGAGAAGACAUCAGAGAGAAAUAAACGUUGAGGAUUAAGAAGGCAAAUUGAAGAUCUCCUGAUGUAGCUUCUCUGGUCCAGCCGCCCGACAAAAUCUCUCAAUUGUCCUAGACUCUUUAAGAGAUCUCCAUCGGAAUUUAUUCACAAUCAUCAGCUCCUCCGAAGAGAGAAGUGCAGCUAGAAGAAAAUUCUGUGACAAUCAAAUCGAUCUAUUUCGAGCGAGGCCAUUACUUAUGCUGCACCUUAUAUAAUGCAAGCUGCUAAAAGAGAGACAGACGGGACGGUGGCAAGGGAGGCGAGAGGAUUACGAGGAAGAGGUGGAGAGAAGGAGGAAGAAGAGGAGGGUUGCGGAAGGGGACCACUUCAGCUCAAAGAAACCUUUGCACACCUCGACGGAAGCAGAAGCUCUCAGGCUUGAAUUUUUCAGGGUAUUCCGUAGGGUCCCAUUGAAGACUUGGCGGCAGCAUGGAACCCGUUUCCCCUUCGUAGGGCUGCCGCCCUUCAAGGCUUACGGUCCGACCGGCUCUUUGUCGUCCCUUUGAGCGACGUCCCUGCAGGAUGUACAUGCGAAGCACUAAAGCGAAGCGCAGGGACGUAUGGGAUUGCAUGGGGAAAUAUACAGGGUAUAUCUUCAAGAUUUUUUUCCUAAAAAGAUUUCUUCCUUUGAACUUCAAGAACUGCGAAAUACGACUUCGAAUGUACCUGCGAUCAGGAGUUGUGGAAGAGAUUUUGGGAAAAAACAGAAUUCCUGAAUUUCCACGUAAAAUUGCCGGAGCCAAAUACCUUGAAAAAUAGCACCACGAAGCCGUCCGUUACUGAACCGUAGGGACAGCUGCUUGUAGCAGGACGAUUUUCAAAGGGCGACUUCUAAUGAGCUUUUGCUACCCCAGUGAAGGGUCCGGGAAUACCGCUGGGAGAUUAUGUUCCGCGCUCCAUCCCUUUUCCGUCCUUAGUCCCCGGCUCUUCUAUCUCAACUCCGUUUCCACCUUCGGGGAAAAUAUGGCAUAUCGCCAGGUAAGAGAGUAUCCGCUCGACGUUGAAGCGAUUAGAUUUCUACCGGGUGUGUUUCGAAAUUUCUCAAAUGCCAAAUACAGUUUUAAAAUUAUUACAUAUUUCAAAAUUGUUUAUACAACUCGGCGCAACAACAUUUACAACAUUAAAGUUGGAUACGAAAUUCUAUAUACUAUUUAACGUGUGAAAUUUUACAUCUUUUUGAGAAAAUAAUCAAUUCAUUUUUUAAAUAACAAUAAUACAAAUAAAUAUAAAUAAUUUAAUCAAGUUGAAACUACUUGUUAGCGACAUGGAUGUUUCAUUUCUUUCAUACUUAAAUACAUAUAUAACUGCUUGAUUAAAUUGCGAUGUAAGUACGAGUACUUAAAUAAAUAUUGAAUUUACAGAACA